UAUUAAUAAAAAAUAUGGAAAUUUCUCCAUAAAUUUUGCGAACGUUUAGUAGGGUGAUUCGAAAUUAAAUAUCUACAUAUAUACAUAAUUUUAUUUUAUAAAUUGUAAAUUUUUAAUGGCAUGUGUUUUCGGCGACGCGCGCACUAUCCGUACUCUCUAAAAAUAGAACAUGCAGUGUAGUAUCUAUAAAUACAGAAAAGAAGCAAAGUUUUCUGAACGAACGUUGAAGAAUAGCUGAAAAAUUCACGUAUUUUGGAAAUAUUUUAAACCAAAUAUUAAAAAUGUCAGAUAAUACAAUUCCGAUAGAGGAUGUCAACAAUAAUUUAGAAGGGGAGGUAGUGCCGUCCCUCCAAGAACAGAUUCCAGAAACGCAACAACAACAAAGUAAUGAGCUGUUGGAUAUUGUUUUUACCCUAGAGAGUGAAAAACAAGCGUUGGUAGAGGAGUCACGCAAGAGACUAUCCGCACUUCGAAAGGAAUUAGAGCAAAGUCAUUUCGAAAAUGAGCAACUUAAACGCAAGGCAACACAAUUAGAACAAUCUUUGAAGCAAUCGGUUAUGUUGGGUGGUGUUGACGCGCCCAAGUCCCGACAAGAGCAGGAUGAAUUAUUGUUAAAAGCAAAAACUCUACUUUUCGAGAAGACAAAAGUGUGCAAGCAACAAGAGCAGCAAAUUGAGGUACUUAAAAAUCAGGUGGAGGCCAUGAAAGACGUUGUGCAGGUGACUAAAGAUAUGCUGAAUUUGAAGAAUGCCGAAUGCGAGCAUAUGCAAGUGAGACUGGAAAAAUCUCAGCAAUGGAUUAAAGCAGAAAAGGAUAAAUGUACAAUAACUGAAAAGAAACUUGAGAUAUCAAAAGGUGUUUACGAUAAACUUCGGGCUGAAUAUGAUAUACAAUCUAAGAUAUUUAAGGAUUUAAAAGAUGUUUACGAGCAAAAAAUUACGGUACUUAGCAAAGCGCUGGAGGAGGCUAAAAAAAAAUAAUUCAUUUAAUCUAAAUAUUUCCGAAACCUUUUUAAACAUCAACUACUUAAAUAAGAGUUCAUCGCUUCCCAUCAUAACAACUAUAAGCAAAAUAUAAUACAUAGAUAAAUUUAUGA